CGUUGUGCACGACGGACGCAGCGGUGUACUGUUGGUGUGCACGUGGGUGUGGGGAGAAAAGUGUUGUGACAGGCCGUGCACACGUCGAAGGGUCCGUGCACAGAGUGUUUUGAGUGUCACCAAGAGGCGGAGUUAGCGGCAGGCUCUGAGCGACCAGGUGGCGAGUGUACACCGCUACGAAGUCAGUUCCUCGCUCCGCGCUACCUGGCAAACUCCACCUUUGCCACAAGUACAGCAGUCUCUCUCUCUACUCUACCUUUUGCCACUUCGGUGUGUUUUGAUCCAAGGAUAAUCGCGAGCUCGAGCUGGAGAGCUUACAGUGGUGUGACCCCCAAGGGAGCCUGUGAUGUGAGGCAGUGACACGGCCUUGCUAUGAGCAGUGUUGGUGACCGAGUGAGUGUUUCACGCCACGAGCGACAGUGACAUUGGUCGGGAAUGUGACGAGCACACGGGAGUGACAAUCGACGCGCCUCUCCCCUUUCGUCCUCAAACAUGUUGGGCGUCGAGUCCAAGCCCAACGACACAGACAGAUUCAAAUCGGAUAGCCAUGAGAAAGCGCUGGAGAAGCUGGGUUUCCGUGGCGUGUUCGGCGGCGGGCUCGGCGGGGCGCUGGGCGGCCUGGGUGCCAGCCUGGGCGCCGCGCUCUCCAUGAGCACCGGCGACCGAGGCGUGGGCGUGGGCGUGGGCGGCGCCGUGGGCCUGAGGGACGCCACGGUGACCUCGGGCGUGGGGAUGGGCGACGUCAGGCUCGGGCGCGAGAAGGAGGGCGGCCUCGAGCUGGUCAAGCCCUCCCUGGUCCUCGACAUCGCCUCCCUCAUCCUGUACGGGUGCCAGGCGCUGCCCAUCCGCCUCAAGAUCCUGCUCGACCGCCUCUUCUCCGUCCUCACGCACGAGGACGUCCUCCAGGUCCUGCACGGCUUCGGCUGGACCUACGAGGACUACGCCCGCGGCUACAAGCUGCAGGACCGCCAGGGGAACGUGCUGCACAGCUGGCACAUGAUGAGCACCGACGAGGAGACGCUGGUGCUGCGUCAGUUCCUGCGCUUCGGCGAGACGCGCGCCAUCGCCCAGCAGCUCCUGCAGCACGAGGGGGCGUCGCCGCGCCCCGACCACACGCCCUCCAUCCGGGACUCGCACAGGGACACGCUCAGAGACUCUCACAGGGACUCCAUGAGGGAUUCCCACAGGGAUAGCCUGCGAGAUUCUCACAGGGACGUCCUGAGGGACACGCACACUCUCAGAGACUCCCACCGGGACGCCUUCCGCGACUCCCACAGGGAAAUGCACCGCGACGCCCUCCAGCGCGACGGACACCGGGACGCGAGGGACAUGCGCGACAGGGACCUCCUGAGGGACUUCCGGGAGGACAUCCGGCGGGAGGAGAGCCGCAGGGACGAGCCGCCCCGCUCGCAGCAUCAGCAGCCGCACCUGCACCCCGCGCAGCACCACCCCCAUCAGCCGCAGCCGCAGCCGCAGGCGGAGAUGGGCAAGAGCAUCGACUCCGACCUGAAGAAGUUCCUGGAGCGGACCAACAUGCUGUUCAACCCGUUCAUGCGCGGCGACCCAAGCUCGCUCCUGCGCCCCCCGCCCCCGACGGGCCCCGCAGGCCUCCCGCCCGCGCCGCCGCCCCUGUCGGCCGCGUCGCUGGCAUCCAACCUCUGGGGCCGCCACCCCUCCCUGGCCACCUCCCUGCUGGCCAACCCGCAGCUGGCGUCGUCGGCGCUGUCCAUGCUGCGCCUCCCGGUCCCGCCCGUCUCGCUCCCCAACCUCUCCCCCAACAACGGGUCUCUCCCCAACAGCUUCGGCUCCCCCACUAGUCCCAUGGACGGCUCGCCCCUCAACCGCCUGCAGAGCAUGCAGCCCUUCGACUUCCGCAAGGAGCCGCAGAGUCCGAGCCCGCGCCUCCGCCGAGCCCUUCCUUCACGCACGCGCGCGGGCGGCGUCACCAGCCCAGCCAGUAGCGGCGGGCGGCGGCAGCGGCGGUGGCAGGCGGCGCCGGUGAGCGUGAGCAGCGGGAGCGUGACGCCCCUGGCCGCCACCGCCACCCACCAGCCCCCGCCGACGCCCGUGUCCGUCAACAGCGACCCUCCGACGGACUACACCAGCGAGGACGACGACAUCGCGAUCGCCGCCUCCACCACGGCCCUCAACCUCUCCACCACCUCCACCACGGUCGCUACCUCCGCCACCCCGACCACGUUACCCAUGCCCCCGAGGCCGCACUCCCCCGGGGGCGGACCCAGCACGCCGGGGAAGAGGUCGUGGAACCCCAUCAACCUCGGGACGUCGCUGAUCAACCCCGUGACGGGCAAGAAGCGCGUGCAGUGCAACGUCUGCCUCAAGACCUUCUGCGACAAGGGCGCCCUCAAGAUCCACUUCUCCGCCGUGCACCUGCGGGAGAUGCACAAGUGCACCGUCGAGGGCUGCAACAUGAUGUUCAGCUCGCGGCGCUCCAGGAACCGCCACUCGGCCAACCCGAACCCCAAGCUGCACACGCCGCACGUGCGCCGCAAGAUCUCCCCGCACGACGGACGGACGUCCAGCGGCCACCCGGUCAUGAUGGCCCACGGGUUCCAGCCGCAGCAGUUCCAGCCGCCCGCCGGCUUCCCUCCCCUGAGCUCCUUCCCCGGGCAGUUCAGCGGGAUCAACCCGCUCACCGGCCUGCCCUUCAUCCCACCCUCGGCGGCGGCCACAGAGGACCUCCACAAGCAGGCCCUGGAGCUGCAGCGGCGCACGCUGGAGAUGCAGCACGCCAUGGGCAAGUCCUCCCUGGACCUGAGCAUGCGCAGCAGGGAGGACGGCAUGUGGAGGACCGACUACGGCGGCUUCCACGGGUCCGUCGGCCAUAGCGAGGAGGCCCCCAUGGACAGCCCGUCUGGACGGACGCUUCACAGCCUGGAUGGCGACAUGGACGACGACAGCAUGAGCGUCGACGCCCACAGCAUGAAGGGGGAGAACCCGUCGGCGUCCCCUCCAACAAACAAGCGGAAACGCAAGAGCCAACCCGCCACGAAUUCGCCUUCAGAUUCGACGGACCACGAGGAUCCCGACGACGACGACGACGACGACGACACGACUCACCGGACGGACGAAGGACUCUUGGGGACAAGAGCUCGAAGAGAACGGCAAAAGGAAACCCGGCGACAAGGGAAACGGGCACGCAACCGCAAGGUCUCCUCUCCAGCUACGACGAAGCCGUGGACACGUUGGCACCUGCGAGGACCUGUCCAGGGUCACUUCGCACACCUCACUGGCACGAUGCCCCCAAACGCAUCGGCGUCACUUGGCCUCCCGAUGGCGCCCUCGGACCUCCACCCCGGCUCGCCCUCGGAGGACUCGGACGGCGCUUCCACUUCGGGCGAGGGCGGCUUCCUCAGCAGCCUCGACAUCCCCAUGGACAAGGAGAACCCGCGGCGCUGCAUAGCGUGCGGGAAGAUAUUCCAGAACCACUUCGGCGUCAAGACGCCUACCAACGUGCACCUCAAGCUCAUGCACAAGUGCACGGUGGGGCUGCAAACGCCGCCUUCCCCUCAAGCGUAGUCGCGCCCGCGCCAUUCCUCCAACCUCAACCUGCACAGGAAGCUCCUCUCCACCUCGUCCGACGCGCCAGGCUUCCCCGGCAUGGGCUUCCCCGGCCUGCCCUUCAACCCGGCCCUCAACCCCGAGCUGCUGGCGCGCCUCUACUCCGACCCGGCCGGCCUCCCCCUCGGCCUGGACGCGCUCAAGGCCCACAUCCCCACCUCCCUGGCCGAGUCCUUAUUCAACGGCGACCGCGGCGGCAGCGGCGGCGGCGGCGGAGGCGGCGGGGGCGUGAGCGGGGGCGGCGCGGCCUGCCCCCGGCCACCCACCCUCCCCCCCACUUCUUCCUUCCGAACCUCCUCCCCCACUUCGCCGCCAACAACAACCUUCCCGGGGACGAGCGGAAAGACCGCUCCAGCACCCCGUCCCCCAGUCACCACCCACCACCACCACCGCCCCACCGUCACGGGACCCACCCCCGCCUCCGAGGCCCCCUCCUCCUCGCCGCCGCCCUCCGAGGUCGUCGCCGCGACCACCACCACCACCACGAGCUCCGAGGCCCUCGAGCGGGACUGGGUGUACAACCUGGAGGACGACCUCCCGUCCCCCGACCGCGACGGGAACAUGCCCUGCAGGUUCUGUCACAAGGUCUUCGAGGACGGCGUGGGCCUCAAGAGUCACUACGAGGAGGUGCACGCCUCGGAGCUGUUCCGCUGCACGGUGGAAGGCUGCAACAAACUUUUCAGCGCCCGCCGGAAGCGCAACGCCCAUUCCCUCAACGAAGCCUAUCACAAGGACCUGUUAGAGGGGGCGCCGACGAAGGACACGUGAUGACGACGCCCUUCCCAGUCGGGGUGACGGGCUCCCGAGGAGCUCGUCCUCCUCUGUAUAAAUGUAUAAAUGUGCCAAUGUUUCACGUCUUAUUUAUACGUAGUGGUGUUAGAGUGCCCAGUGUCGCCCGCGUGUACAUAGUAGUGGCUCCAGCUGCCAGGACUUCGGCUGCCUCAGUGUAGAGUAGUGGCUCAACCCUGGCUUGUGUAGUGCGCCGCGCAGAGGCCGUGAGGGACGGCGAGUGCCCGGGGGCCGUACCAUGCUCGGGAGUGACCCUCAAGUGUGUCCCAGUGCCGGGAGUGCCACUGACUCUUUAGUGAACAGAAGCGUUAACGGCUCCCCCCCCCCCUUGGGCACGACUAUUCCUUGGCAGUGAUACCAGUGACGCGUUUGCCGACGCUACCCUUGCGUGUCGGGCCCGAGAGCAGGGGCCGCCGCGCCCGGCUGGGGCCAUGAGCCAACUUAUCGCUGAAGGACUUAGAGCUGCAUUAAUGUUCUCAGGAUUCUUUGUGAAUCGUUUUGCAUACCAAUCAUUGGUAUAAAGAGUCAGUGUUCAAUUUCCUUGUGUCUUGUAUUAACAUUUUUCGGUUAUAGCUGCUGUAAAUGUCAGUUUUAUACUGUGACUCAGUCUGUCAUUUGUGUAAAUGGUGCUAUAUUUUAGUUGGCACAACCAUGUCUCCAUUUACGUACAACUUUGGUUAAUAAGUUAAUUUUGUGUGAUUGUAAAGUCGGCGUCUUCCACUAUCUUCAUUUAUGGCGUUUUUUCGAGCUGGCGAGGGAUCUCGUUCCUGCAGGAGCCCGCGGGGCCUCUCGCCGCGCUCCUGUAGGAACACCCCGCCCCCCGCGGCAGGAGGCGGCGGGAGGCGCUCGCGAGGCGCCCUGGAGAUACCUAGAGGGAGGGCGCCGCCGAAGGGAGCUCGACCUUUGCCCCCUUUAGGUGUUCACGGGACCUCGACGCAAGGGCGCCCGCCGGGGCGAAGCCAGGCCCCUCGGGAGCCGCUUUCCGACGAGAGAAGCGUCCCCAGUCUGCUCCUCGACCUCCCCUGGGAGUCCGGGACGAUCUCCGGACAGAGGGCUUGCCUCGGCUCCCCUCCUCUCUCGCGGCGCCCGCGUUGGGGCGACGCCGAGAGAGAGAGAGAGAGAGAGAGAGAGAGAGAGAGAGAGAGAGAGAGAGAGAGAGAGAGAGAGAGAGAGAGAGAGAGAGAGAGGUUCGUUUUCUAACCAGGGAGACAGGGGACGUCCAGCGCCCUCGAGCGCCCUCCCCGUGUCCCUUGGGCGUCCUCUCCGCCCUCGACCUUCGCCCCUUGACCUGUCGCUCUGGAAGAAUCGCCGAAGAGUUUCACGCCCUCUCGCC